UAAUGGCAGUUGUCAGAGAAAUGUAAACAUUGUGCAACACGAUGAGGAUACCGUGAGAAGAAGCGGAUUUUUACCUGCCAAAAUUAUGACCAUAAGGCAGGGAUGAUGAUAUUAAUGGACAACACACAUAUCAGUGUCACGAUGAUGAAGUAUUUGAAGUAUGUGAUAAUGUGAUCGACUUGGCUAGCAGAGAGUUGUGGGACGAGCCGGUCAAAUAUAUCUAAGUGGGAGAAGAAAUGCGCGAAUUUGAGUUCGUUUCACCAAUGACAUGCUGUUCGAAUGAAGAUCUGGUCAGGAGCCAGCAAGGCGGUGGAUCGCGGCGCGAGGUGCACGAGCAGUUUGUCUCGGGCGGCGCUGGCUGCGAGUUUUACGAAGUGCUUGCUGUUUGUGGCCUUGUUGUGCUGAGUGCGACACACCAGUUUAUUAUUCGGAGCUUGAUGCGAUUUCUGCUGUAUGAUUGCAAAAUUCUUCGAUGGAGUCUAGAUCUGACCUUACUAUGUCUGCCAUCAUUCAUGGCGAUGGCGUUGACAGAUCAAUUCCUAAAUGUCUGCAUGGUUCUCAUUUCACUCAUCAUUAUGUUUGCUACAAUAUUGACUUUCUCAGCUCACCGCCGUGCCAAAGAGGCGCGCGUGAUUCAUGAUCCUCUACCAGAGUGCCGUGGGAAGCUUCAUCACCAUGCCUAUUUUAUACCGUUAUCGUAUACGCGGGCCGCAACCCUUGCUGUAACCUUGGUCUGCAUUUUGGCAGUAGACUUCCCGAUUCUGCCACGGCGACAAGCAAAGACCGAAACCUACGGAUUUUCAUUGAUGGACAUCGGCAUAGGACUUUUCGUCUGUAUCGCUGCGGGACUCAGCGCAAUCAAGAAAGAUCAUCGAUUCCGAUCAGAAUUUAAAAGUGCUGCGGGCAUGUUCGUCCUCGGAAUUAUUCGGCUUGUGUUUGUUGUUUCUAUGGACUACCAGGCUCCUAUUAUGGAGUAUGGAAAGCAUCUCAAUUUCUUUCUUUGUUUUGCUGUUACAAAGAUUAUAUGCGCUCUGUACUAUGCGAUUUUCCCCGCGCAUUGGGACGUUGUUGUCGGAUCUGCGGUAUAUCUUUGCUAUCAACUAGCGCUGCAAUGCCAGCCAGUAGACUUUUAUCUUCACUCCGUAAAUCGCGAUGGGUUUCUGGCCGCCAACAAGGAAGGUCUUGCUUCGAUUAUCGGUUCGUCCUGUCUGUUUCUCAUUACAACUGCUGUAUGCAGACGGUUCGUCUAUAAGGUCAAAAAUUGCAAGUCAGAGUGGUUUUACUUUGUGUUCCAAAUGCUAUUGUUGUCAUCUUCGUGCAUGGCCUCUUCUCUUCUGAUGCAUUCGGAUAGAGUUCCCGUAUCACGGCGCCUCUUCAACCUGUCUUAUUCUCUAUGGGUACUUUCACUAUUCUUGAUAUUCCUUGUGGCAUGUACGCUGUUGCGAUUUAUUGAUUUGGUGUCCUCUUGCGGAGGGUACAAUUUGGUCACAUUACAACAUCUUUCGCCAGAGGUAGAUACUGUUGAUGAUAUCCUACAGUCGUUUAACAAAGGAGCGGUAUGGGUAUUCCUAUUAGGUAACGUCUUGACGGGAGCUAUCAACAAAAUGUUUGAGGGAACAAUCUCAACGCUCGACGCAACUUUGUCCCUCCCAAUUCUCUCAGCCUACCUUGCUACGUUGACUAUAUUUGUGUUGGUAUUUUUCCCCAAGCCAAAAAUUACCAGAAAAGAUGCUGGCGAUGGUCUAAUAGCUCAGACGUCAUCCGAGGAUAAAAAACAUCAGUAAAAAUAAAACAAAUCAGUUCGACGUUCGUCCGAGUAAAACCAAGACGAUAGCUCUAAAAAUACAGUGAAGUUGGUGUGCCCUCACUGUGUUCGUCGACUCCUGAUAUUUUCUUUGUAGUCUACUUCAUUAUUUUAUAAAGUCAAGCCAAUGAACUUAAAGCUUGGAGGGGCAUACAUACUGCGAAACUCCAACAAGCGACCUUGCACUACUCGGUGUCAAAUAUAUAAUUAUAUGAAUAAAUUAUUACUGAUAUUUAUAUAAGAGAACUGUAUAAAUGGUGCAUUUAA